UGCUGCGCCUGCGCGGGGCCGUGGGGUCCGGCCAGUCAUGGCCGCCUCCAUGUUGUGCUGCUUCUCCUGGUGCAGGGAUGGCGGCGCCGGGCACAUCCCGCUGAAGGAGAUGCCGGCUGUGCACCUCGACACGCAGCGCAUGGGAACAGAUGUCGUGAUUGUUAAAAACGGCAGAAGAAUAUGUGGCACGGGAGGCUGCUUAGCCAAUGCACCUUUGCAUCAGAACAAGAGCUAUUUUGAGUUUAAAAUCCAGUCCACAGGGAUUUGGGGUAUUGGAGUUGCAACCCAGAAAGCAAACUUGAAUCAAAUUCCACUUGGUCGAGAUGUCCAUAGCCUGGUGAUGAGAAAUGAUGGAGCUCUCUACUAUAACAAUGAGGAGAAAAACAGACUACCAGCGAACAACCUUCCUCAGGAAGGUGAUGUGGUGGGCAUUACAUACGACCAUGUAGAAUUAAAUGUAUAUUUAAAUGGGAAGAACAUGCAUUGUCCAGCUUCAGGAAUUCGAGGGACUGUCUAUCCAGUGGUCUAUGUUUCCCCAGUAGAUGUUUCGUUUUCCCAGUAGACAUGGGAGCAGUUGCCCCUGCGAGGGCAGGGGCUUCUGUGGUGGACUGACCCUGGCUGGACACCAGGCGCCCACCCAAGCCACUCUUUCGCUCCCCUCCUCAGCUGGACAGAGAAGAGAAAAUACAAUGAAAGGCUCAUGGGUCAAGAUAAGGAGAGAGGGAGAGAUCAUUCACCAGUUACAGUCAUGGGCAAACCAGACUCGACUUGGGGAAAUCAGUUCAAUUUAUUGCCAAUCAAAUCAGAAUAGGAUAAUGAGAAAUAAAACCAUAUCCUAAAAUAUCUUCUCCACACGCCUCCCUUCUUCCGGGGCUUAACAUCUAAAUUUUGUACCUGUGUGCAGGGGUACAGGGAAUGGGGUCUAUGGUCAGUUCUUCACAUGUUAUCUCUGCUGCUCCAUCCUCCUCAGGGGAGGACUCCUCACGCUCUUCACCUGCUCCAGCAUGGGGGCUCUGCCAUAGGAGACAUGAACUUCUCCAACGUGAGUCCUUCCCAUGGGUUCUUCACUGACUGCUCCAGCAUUGGCUCUAUUGGACAUGGGGGAAGCUUCUGGCAGCUUCUCACAGAAGCCACCCCUGUAGGCCUGCCACUGCCAAAACCUUGCCAUGCAAACCCAAUACUGCUUCCACACAGACUGACCUUCAGGUGGCCGAUGCAGCCCUCCAAAUCCUGGUUGGCAGGGAGUGGCUGGGACCUCUCUCUGAGGCCAGGAAUUAUGUCCCUCUGUCCUUCAGGAGGGGUGCUGUCCUGGAGAAGCUGUGCUGCCAAAUGGAGGAGUUGCAGAAGGCAGUGGGCAGCCUGCACCACAUCAGAGAAUAUGAAAGGGCAGGAUUUUCUCUGGGACUUAACAGCUCAAAAAGCCUAAGAGCCCAUCUUGCAAGCAGGGGCAGUGUCUACCUUGCACUAUUAAGGUAAACAAAACCUCUGGAGAAGGGGAAGGAUGGAAGCUAGGGGCUUCUGGCAGCAAGAAGGUUCCUGCCCCACCUAACACAACUGCAAAAUAGGCUCACUUCUCUCAGUGCUGACGAGGAGCUAGAUGUGCCUUCAAGCAAAGAACAUGAUCCACUUAACCCCAAACCAUGCAAGACUUACCAGGAAUAAACAGCGAGCCAUUGUAAUGGGUGACUCCCAGCUGCAGGGGACAGGGGCAUGCAUCUGUCAACCCAGCCAAUUAUCAAGGCAGGUUUGCUGCCUUCUGGAAGGCAGGAUCUGGGAUGCUGUAGAGGAACUACUGAAGCUCAUCCAGCCCUCUGACUAUGGCCUCCUGCUGUUAUUCCAUGUGGGCGCAAAUGAUACUGCCAGGGAAAUACAGCCAUGGGCAUGGGAGCCCAGGUGGUGGUUUCAGUCCUGCUGGUGAGGGGAGAGGGAGUGAGGAGGAGGGCGCUAAUAGGACAAGCCAAUAAUUAGCCGCAGAACUAGUGUUGGCAACAGGGUUUUGGGUUCUAUGUUUGUUUGCACAUAAGUGUCUGCUUGGGAGAGGUGUGAUCCACCUCACUAUGUAGGACAAAGCUAUUUUUGCCAAUAGGAUGGCUGAUUUCAUCAGGAGAGCUUUAAACCAAGAAUGACAGGGGAGGGACAGAGGGAUGGAGUGACAGGUUAGCUGAGCAAAGGGCAUGGGGGGUGUGAUGGAAGGGGAUCAUGAAAUCAACAAAAUAGGUCUUAAGCAGGGUCAUUUCCAGCACUUGGAUGUAAGCAAGGAAGUGCGUAGAAGUCACCAUUAUGGAGAAAUCCCCAAGCCCUUUCUAGGAAGUCAACAUGCUGAAAUGCCUCUGUGAAGUGUCGGGAGAAGGCAAUAAAGAUGGUGAAGGUACCAGAGCACCUCUCAUAUGAUGAAGAGACUGGGAGAGCUACGCCUGUUUAUCCUAGAGAAGAGAAGGCUCAGGGGGAUCUGAUCAAUGUAUAUAGAUACCUGAAGGGAGGGUGCAAAGAGGACAGAGACAGGCUCUUUUCAGUGAUUCCCAGUGACAGGACCAGAGGCAAUGGGCACAAACUGGAACAGGAGGUUCCCUCUGAAUAUCAGGAAACACUUUUCUACUGUGAGGGUGACUGAGCACUGGCACAGGUUGGCCGGAGAGGUUGUGGAGUCUCCAUCCUUGGAGAUACUCAAAAGCCAUCGGGACAUGGUCUUGGACAACUGGCUUUAGGUGGCCCUGCUUGAGCAGGGCAGUUGGACCAGAUGACUUUGGAGGCCCCUUCCAACCUCAAUCAUUCUGUGAUUCUUCCUUGAAGUGAUGCUGUACUAGUAGCCAUAUACCAUAAUGUUUCUGUCACCAAGUUUGUCAGCUCUUCAAACUCGAACUGAUUAUAUAUGAAUACAUAGAUAUAGAUAUGUAAAAGGAAUGGGAAGGCAUGUGUCCUUUUUCCUUUUGCUACCUUUCAACAAUGCCUGCAACAGUGAUUCUUUGCCAUGAAAGACUUCUGAGAUGAAAGUGCUUCUUGUGGAAUGAUAUUUCCCAUGUUUGUGGGAAAAGGAGGAAGUAUUUAAGGAUAUUAUUAUCACUUUAUCUAUUUGCAUCCAGAAAACAACUUGUUUUUUUCAAGUCUGCUGUGUUUAAGAAUAUUUAACAGUAGAAGCUGCUACCUUGAGCUUAAUGUAGACUUGCUUUAAAAUUCAGAGAAGGAUGUCUCCUUCAAGGCUCGUGUUUGAAAUGGAAAAUAUUUUGAUAAAUGUAGAAUAUUCAAAAUAGCUGCUAAAUUCACCAAAAAUAUGGAAAGAGCCUGCUUUUAUAGCUCAAAGUUGCUCAUUUUUCAUCUUAAACAGAGAUACGCAUUUGUAAUACCACACAAUGUAACUACCCCUCUUGUGUAAGAAUCAGAAAACUUCUGGUUUUGUAACUGGUGACAGAGGGAGACUCUAUAAAAUAAGGGGUAUGUGUGUGAAUAAAAGAUUAUUACCAUCUAUUUAUCGAAAUGGAAAGGAGCACAGUUUUCACCUGAAAGUCAGUUUUGUGGUGAUCGUUCAUAAGAGAAGCAAGGGUCCAUUGCACAGAUAAGAAGAUGGACCAUAGAAAUAGAAUGUGAAUUAACCUGUCUCUCAGCACGUCACUUCGGUAUCUGGCAAUAAACCCAGAUGUUUUACCAGGUGUGUUCCAAGUCCCAUCUUUGCCCAGAGGAAUGAGAUGCAAUACGUGGUACUAAAAGCUGCACCAGAAAGUAGCUUUCUGUUAAGAUUUAGCAGUAUGUUUAUUAGUAGCAAAUUCAUUUUAAUAAGAAUCAUGCUUCCCAAUGAAAUGGUUGUGGUAUUUCCACUAAUUGUACCCAAAUAUUUUCUUCAUCUUUGAAUGUUACAAUUCAGACACUGUAUUUCUUUGAGUGCAAAACUUUGUAUUGUCAAAUCCUGUAUGUUUUCUGAGUGCUUUUGAGAUUAUACUGUGGCAGCAAGA